UUGCAGACACGGUCGAGUGCGCAUCGGAACGUGACUUUUGGGCUCGGAUACGGUUACGCUAUAAGCAAUACGCUAUACGGCUUACGAGUAACGGGUUACUGCUAUACAAUUUACUUACGAUUGCGUGGUUAGUGCACUUCAGCAGCUACUUGAUUGCCCAACUACCGAGUUACCCCUUCAAGUGUCGCAAGUUCAAGUGCGAUUUGGCAAAUUGUCGUGUAUUUAUUUAAAUUUUAAGUGCUUCUCAAGUGGCCAAGUGAUCGCUUCGCGAGGAUGUUGCAGCACCAUCAGCAGCAGGCUCAAUCGGCUGGCUAUUACGAUCACUAUAAUCAGUCACCCAGUCCUGGAAGUUUGACAAAUGCGGAUUCCCUGAACACCACGCCAUUCUCAGUCAAGGAUAUACUGAACAUGGUCAAUCAAACGGAGGCCUACGAAGGCGCCUACGGCCAUCUCGAUAGUGCGACGGCUGCCUCGGCGCUCUAUGGCGCCGGUGACUACCAGCAGCAUCUUCACCAGCAUCCGCAUCAGUACCACAAUCACCAGCAGCACCAGCAAUCCGAGUUGGCGGUUACGCAGCAGCAGCAAUUGCAUUCUCAGCAAUUGGACGAUGGCACCACCACUUCGUCCUCCCUGUCGCCGCUUUUGCCACCCCCGCCACACCAGCUCUACGGUGGAUACCAGGACUAUGGAAUGCCCGCCCACAUGUUCCAGCAUCAUCAUGGACAUCCCCAUCAGAGUUUCCAGCACUCCGCCUCGGCCUACAACAUGUCCGCCUCGCAAUUUUACGCCGGAGCCUCGGCAACAGCCUACCAAAGUCCCGCCACCUACAACUACAACUACACCGGAACUGGGGAGGUGUACGCCGGAACCACGCCCUCGGCGGUGGGGAUCAAGAGCGAGUAUAUACCCACCCCGUAUGUAACGCCCUCGCCUACUUUGGACCUCAACAGCUCCACGGAGGUGGACAGCCUGCAGACACCGGCGCAGAAACUGUGCGGGAAUCCAUUGACCCAGCGUCUCAUGGAGACAGCCAGCAACUCGGCCUCGCUGAGGGGCAUUCAUAAUUCGGAGGAGGGCGCUAAGAGAAAGGACAACAGCCAGGUGACCUCAUCACGUUCCGAGCUGCGGAAGAGCAGCAUCAAUGGCAACAGUAAUGGCCAUGUGAGCAACAAUGGCUCCUCCAAGCCAAGGAUGAAACGGAAGCCGCGGGUUCUCUUUUCCCAGGCUCAGGUCCUGGAACUAGAGUGUCGCUUUCGCCUGAAAAAGUAUCUGACCGGUGCAGAGCGCGAGAUAAUUGCCCAGAAGCUGAACCUGUCGGCCACGCAGGUCAAGAUCUGGUUCCAAAAUCGCAGAUAUAAAUCGAAACGGGGCGAUAUCGACUGCGAGGGCAUUGCCAAACAUCUGAAGAUGAAGUCGGAGCCAUUGCUGUCGCCCACAUCGCUGCCACCGCCGAUUCCCAAUCAUGUGAUGUGGCCUCCAGCCAUUCAGCAAUCCCAGCAGCAGCAGCAGCAGCAACAUUCACAGCAGCAGCAGAUCCAUCAGAUGCAGUAGUUCGGUGGCAGGACGAAGGAUUCGAGUCUCUAAUUUAUUGCAGUUUCAAGGAGAAUUUAUGUUGUAGUCUAAGCCAAACGCCUCAUAGCUUUAGUACCUUGUUUUAUGUAUAUAUUGGACAAUAAAUAAAGUUUAGGACAAA